AUGUCCCCGAGUGCCCGGGCGGCCCCGGCGGCGUGGCCGUGCCAUGCGGCGCUGAUGGAGCCCAACGCCUUCCCCCAGCUGCAGCUGUGGUGCCCGCGGCCCUUCGGCACCUUCUCCCAGAACAAGCCAUGCGCCCCCGCCGGAGCCGCCCCCGCAGCCCCCCGCAAGCCCCAACCGCCCCUGGGCUGCCGGCCCUCCGAGAACACCCCCCCGGAGCCCCCCGAGCCCGGCCCGGCGCCGGCGGCCGCGGCCGAGGACGGGCGGGUGCUGCUGGACACAUGGUACGUCAUCAAGCCGGGCAACACCAAGGAGAAGGUGGCUUUCUUCGUGGCGCACCAGUGCGGCACCGGCGGCGCCGGCGGCACCGGGGGCCGCGCCAGCACCAUGAAGGUCAAGGGCAACUGGGGCAGCGACAGCUCCAAGGCCAAGCGGCGCCGGCGCUGCCACGACCCCAAAGCGGCGCCGAGCCCGCCCUGGGCCGCCGGCACUGGUGACACCCCCAAGGACCCCCCUAAGGACACCCCCAAGGACACCGCCGGUGACACGGCCGGCGACAGCGCCGGCGACGCCCCGGACCUGCUGUCGGUGGCGGAGAUGGUGGCGCUGGUGGAGCGGCGGGCGGCGCUGGCCCUGCAGAGCCUGCCCCGGCCCUGCGACGCCCCGGCCCCGCUGGUGCUGCUGGAGGCACCGGGCGGCCCCGAGUGCCGGCGCGUGGCCGCCGCCGUGGCCCAGUUCGAGUCGCAGCGCGAGGUGAGGAUCGCCUUCCGCAUCUCCAGCGGGCGCGACCAUCCCCGCGACCAGAUCACCUGCGACCUGUACCGGCUGGUCAGCCCGGCGCGCGCCGGCGUGGAGCUGCUGCUGGCCGCCAAGGGGGACAAGGACGGCACCGACGAGGCGGCCGCGGCACCGGAACCGAGCGCCGGCGCGGCCGAGGGUCCGGCGGCGGCGCCGCGGGACUGCGCGUCCGGUUUCCACGUGGACGUGGUGGUGACGGGCGUGGUGGACCAGUGCGUGUUCUUCGGCAAGGACAGCGCCAAGCAGGUGACGGAGGAGACGGUGCGGCUGCCGGACGAGCCGCCGCCGCCGGGCCAGCUCUUCCUGCUGCCCGGCCGGCCCGAGGAGCCGGCGGCCACCGCGGCGGCGGCGGUGCCGGGCCGGGAGGCGUCGGGCGACCCGGCGCUGUGCCGCUUGUACCGGCACGUGUCGCACGAUUUCCUGGAGAUCCGCUUCAAGAUCCAGCGGCUGCUGGAGCCGCGGCAGUACAUGCUGCUGCUGCCCGAGCACGUCAUGGUGAAGAUCUUCAGCUACCUGCCCACGCAGGCGCUGGCCGCCCUCAAGUGCUCGUGCCACUACUUCAAGUCCAUCAUCGAGACGUUCGGCGUGCAGGCCACGGAUUCCCGGUGGAACCGCGACCCGCUCUACCGGGACGACCCCUGCAAGCAGUGCAAGAAGCGCUACGAGCGCGGGGACGUGUCGCUGUGCCGCUGGCACCCCAAGCCCUACCACCACGACCUGCCCUACGGCCGCUCCUACUGGAUGUGCUGCCGCCGGCCGGACCGGGACGCGCCCGGCUGCCGGACCGGGCUGCACGACAACAACUGGGUGCACCCGGCCGGCCGCAGGGAGGACGGCAGGUGA